AUGAAGUUCUCCGUUGCCGCCGUCGCCGCUUUCGCUGCCUUCGCUGCUGCCGCCAACACCAGCUUGACCCCAGAGCAACAGUGUGCUUCUCAGUGCCCUGAGAAGGACAUCUGCUGCAAGGCCAUCUGCUUCAAGGUCCCUUGCCCAUCCAACCAGGACGCUAAGGACACCACUAUUUGUGCUGCCAAAUGUCCUACCGACCAGGGCCCUGCCGCCUACGCCCGCUGCCAGCAGGGCUGCAUCCAGUCUCACUUCUACACUCCCGGUGCCACUCCCACUGCUGCUCCAACUGGCUCCUCUAGCGGUGAGAGCACCGCUACCACCACCGGCUCCAGCCCAUCCAACACCUCCGGCUCUGAGACCACCUCUGGCUCCGGAUCUGCGACCUCCGGCUCUGGCUCUUCUGGCUCCUCCCCAUCUGCUACCCACUCUGGCUCCGGCUCUACCCCAACCCAUACCGGUGCCGCUGUCAGCAACGCCAAGGUCCAGCUCGGCUCUGCUGCUGGUGCCGUCGGUCUCCUCCUUGCAGCUUUCGCCCUUUAA